AUGGCCUUAUUUCCUGCAUACGAAAAUGAAUUAGAAGGCAAAAAUAAGAAUGAAGAUAAGACUAAAGAAAAUGUAACAUGGUUAGAAAAUAAGAGUUUCGAUUCUACAAAUGUAGCAAAAACUUUAACAUCAUCAAUAAUACCAACAACUUCAACUGAAAAUAAAAGCACAAAAUUAAAAGAAAAUGAAGAAAAAACUCAAAAAUCGCCAUCAAUAAGUCCAACUGAUACAUCAAUUCAAAAAGAUAAUAAAAAUAUAUUUUAUGAGCUAUGUUUAUUUUUAAAACAAGCGGGAUUAUAUGAAUAUUUAUAUGUAUUAAUAAAAUUAUACACAACGAUAAGUUUAGGACAAGAGAUGAUAAGUUUUCAUGGAAACGAGCAAGAAUUAAUUGAAUACGAAACGUUAAUUUUACAAUCGAAACUACCAACACAUGAAUUAUGGUUACGUAUUGAAAAAUUACGUGAAUCAUUUCAUUUUAUACCAGAAGAUAAUUCAGAUGAUCCACAACGAAUUAUAUUUAAUGAUGAAUUAAAUGAAUUAAUCUAUCCUAUAAUUGAUCAAAAUAAUAUCAAUAAAUUAAUAAUAAUUAUAUUAAAUAUAUAUAAAAUACCAUUAAUACCAUUUCGUAAUGAAUUUAAUUUAAAUAAUUUAUUAAAUCAUAAUAAUAUUGAUGUAUCAAUUGAAUUAUUAUUACCAAUAUUUAUUUCAACAACAAAUCAUUUAUCAAUUUUUAAUAAUUUAAUAAUAUUUAAAAAAUAUUUAUUAAUUUAUAUUAACGGACCACAAUAUAUUAAUUCAAUUGGAAAUGUACAAUAUUUAGAUUUUAUUUUGAAUUUAUUUAAAUAUUUAAUAAAUAAUAAUAAUAAUAUUAAUUUAAAUAUAUGGUUUAUACGAUUUCAACGUUUAUUAUUAUUAUUAAAUCAUUAUAAAUUAAUAAAUUUAACAAAUAAAUUUAUUAAACAAAUUAAUAAAAAUAUUCAUGAAAUAUUAAAAAUUAAUAAUAAUAAUAUAUAUUUAUAUAAUGAAUAUGCUUUAAUUAAAUAUAAUGAUGCUAAUGAAUUUAUUUUGAAUAUAUUAAAAGAAUUGCAACAAUUGAAUGAUAAAUAUUUACAUGAAUUGUUGUAUGAAAGCUAUGUACGAUUAUUAUUUUGGUAUUAUGAUAAGUUUAAUAAGAAUAUUUAUCAGUUAUUUCUACAUACAUUGCAUAAUGGUAUUGAAUUGUAUCCAAAUAAUUAUGAAUUGUUGGGAAUAUUGUUGUCUGUUGAGACAAAGAAUGAUGGAAUUGUACAACCAGUAUGGAAAUUAAAUAAAAUAUUGACAAAAUCAAAUGAAUGUAUACCUAUAUUAGUGUUACUAAUUAUUAUCGAAGAACGUUUUGAAUAUCAAGAAACUAUUGAAAAGAAAUCAAUUGAAUUAUUUGGUGGAGAUUGUAAUCAAUAUAUAAACGAUCAAUCAAAAUAUUAUAAAUUAUUAUCAUUGUAUGAUAAAUUUACAAAACAGGAACGAAUUAAAUAUUGUGCAUUGAUAUGGAGAUUAUAUUUAAAAUUCUUAUAUAAACACAAUAAAAAUGAAUUAUGUAAAAAUAUAUAUUACAUAGCAUGUGAAACAUGCCCAUGGUUCAAACCAUUAUACAUGGAUGCGGCUGUUUAUAUACCAACAGAAUUACCACAAAUACAAGAUUUAAUCACGGAGAAAAAUUUACGAAUACAUAUAACACCUGAAGAAUUACAAGUUUUAGCUACUUAACA